AUGGAAAACAAGAAAAUACUCGAUGUUGUCAAUGGCGAAGAAAUCGGAUUCUUGGAAAAACCUUAUCGGACAAAAGGACGUGAAUCUCUAACUGAAGGCAAAGGAAUGAAAGAAGGAACUUUGGGGCGUAAAGCUCAAUUCAAUUUGAUAACAAGAAACUCAGAGAGAAUGCAGGGGUACGAUGAGAGGGACCGUGUAACGGUAGAGUUAAAGGACGAGAAAGGACAAGAAUGCGUGACGGAAGUGAAGGUAAAGGACAUGAAAGAUGGUACCUACAAUGUUAGUUUUUAUCCCGCAGUUCAAGGUAUAUUAAAAUUGCUUGUUAAAGUAAACGAGGAACAAACUUGUGGGAGCCCUUUCACAAUAAGCGUAAAACCAUUUCAUGUAAAACCUGUUUUAUGUUUUGGAGAGAAAGGUACCGGUGAUGGAAUGUUUGAUUAUCCUCGAGGUGUGGCAGUGACUGACAAAGACGAAAUCGUAGUAGCUGACCAGUGCAACAAUCGGGUUCAAUUGUUUAACAGUAAUGGUACCUUCUUAAGAUCUUUUGGCCACAGAGGCAAAAAUUCUGGAGAGUUCAACCGACCUGAUGGAAUAGCCAUUGAUAAGGAUGGAAACAUUUUCGUAGCAGACAGCGGUAACCAUAGAGUGCAAAUCUUUAGCAGGGAGGGGAGGCACCUGGGUUCAUUUGGAAGCAUAGUAAGCCUUGAUAGUAAGCUCCUUGAACCUUCGGGUUUAUCCUUAGAUAGUAAUGGUAAUAUUAUUGUUGCUGACACAGGUGACAAGCUGAUUAAGAUCUUUACCCCGAAGGGUAGGUUUGUAAUGAAGAUAGGUGGGCAGGGUUCUUUAAGUGACCCCGUUCACUGUAUUCAGUGUGGUGAAUAUUUCAUAGUGUCAGACCGAGGUGAACACUGUAUCGAAGUAUUUAACAGGGAGGGAGAUUUUCAGUACAAGUUUGGUAAGGAGGGGAAAGGGGACGGGGAAUUUAAUUGCCCCGCUUAUUUGUUAGUGAAUGAGUUACAGCAUCUAUUUGCCUGCGAUCGUGAGAAUCAUAGAGUUCAAGUCGUUGAACUUAACGGAAAAUUCAUCUGGAAGUUUGGAGCAAAAGGCAGCAAGUUAGGAGAAUUCAAUAGACCCUUGUCAGUGGCAAUGCUUAGUAAUGGCCGAAUUGUUGUGUGUGAUGAAUUUAAUCAUCGAAUUCAAAUAUUUGAAUGAAUAGUGGCUAUAUUUCCUGAACAUAUUGGCAUAAGCAUUUAAUUCUCCAAAUAUUAAUCUAAAUAUCCAAGGUAAAUUACAGUCAAACCUCUCCUUACAGACACCUCUCUAUUACGGACAGUUGGUUUGGUCCCAGAAAUGCCAAAAAUCAUGCAUUACCUACCUUUAUAAUAGGGACACCUCUGUAAAGCGGACACUUGGUUCUGUCCCUUUGGUGUUCGUAUUAAAGAGGUUUGACUGUAGUCAGUUACUCCACAUUCGUUAAUAUUAUUUUUGAGAGACUUUAACAUUAAGUCCACAAACUGAACUUAAAACCGUUUAUAUAAUUUUGUUUGGCCAUAGGAGGGAAAACUAGGGAGACACUAACAUCAUGUGCUAAAAGACUGUGUUGAGUUAAGUUUGCAAGCUCUUUUUGGUCGUUUUUUGUGAUCGAUAUUUUUCGACUAGUCUAGUCUAGUCAUAAAUAUGUGGUUUUUUUACAGUUCAUCAAGUGCUGGAAGCGCCAGUGCCAUUUUUUUAAUUUACUUUUUUAUCAAAGAGACAUGAAAAGCAUGGGCCAGGUUUGAUGUAAAAUGACUCCUGUACAACAAAGGCGCAGUUAUGCGUCUAGUUCUACCUUAAAUUUUGAAAACGUACAGUGCGUAUUUUAAAAAAACCAAGGACCUAAAUUAGACUGAACCGUUUGUUAUUCAAAGGUGUGGUUGAGGGAUUAACCGCUCAUGUUCCCCCUUACAAAGGUCGGUUAAGCUAUAACCUUGCUCUUGCUCUACAACUGAGCACAAAGAAGGAAAAUAAUAAACUAAGGCACAGAGUUCAGUGCAUCUUGUAAAGCAGAUACAAUAAAAAACUAGUUGUGAAUGUCAGUGGAGACCCUUGAGGGAAUUCAAAUUUCCAAUGUAAUUUUCUGGGUAGUUUAACAAAAAAUAACAAUAAAAAUCGUAAUUCACCUUAUUUUGUAUAGAUAAAUGUGUAGAAAAAUAUAAUCAUAAAAGAAAAAAACACACUUAUCCCUUUGAGAAACUAUGUCAUUGUAGUUCAGAAAAUAUUAUUAGAAUUCUUUGUUAUGAGAGGUUUUUCUCUGGUCUGUUUGCUGGUAGUCUCCAGGUGUGGCGUGAAAUUUCGAGCUCGCGCGUAGAAGACCAUUUACUGACGACGCCUUACAUUUAUCAUAAUUCAUUUCACUUUUGCAUUUCUUAUUUACCAAUACGAGGAAGAAAACAAGAUUGAAAGAUUUUGGUUGUUGUAAUAUGGAAAAAAAAUGACGUCAUGGUGCAAUUGUCAUCUUAUGUACAACUUAAAAGGGCUUGAUAGCAAUUAGCUGAAAUAGUAAAACUGUAUUUGAUAUGCCACCUGACUGAUGCCGGGGCUAGCGCGACACGGUUGUCCAGGGCCAACUAGCCUGGUACUAGGCUUCUUGUGAGGAAACUCACCUCUUACUUCUCGCUUGCCCCCAUGUCCGAGGCUAACUCCGCGGUAUGGCCAAUACCUUACGCAUGCGCCCAGCCAUAUAACUCGGGAAGUGGCCAUUCUCGUCCCCAGAGCCCGUCGUUUCUUGGUCAAAUUAAGCCGAGUGGCUCUGGAGGCGAGAAAGGGAAGUGGCGGCCAUGGAGGGAGAGCUGUUUCGCCCUCAUUGCGACUCAUCAUCAUGGCCCCCUGAACACGGCUUUGAUCUUACAGGGGUCCGAAGGCUAUGUCAUUCUUAUGAGCCUUAACGAGAAGCGCAAGAGCUGUCCAUGGUUACCACUGCUCGGUUGAUACUGUUAGGGAGAAAAUUCAAGUAAUUUCUAUUUAUAAUUCCAAUACGGGUUUUGGCUGUAAUUUAAUGACUAUGAAAGUUUAAGCUUUUGAAUUUUCGCUUAACUUUUAUCGUUGCUCUUUUCGCUUUGACAAUAAGAUUUUUAUGAGACAUUUUACAGUGUUUACAAUUAGCCGCAUUCAGCCGUGGUGGCUCGUGCUAUUUUUAAGAUGCUUUGUUUUCAUGCUUUUUUGUGCUUUGUUUAAUAAUCCUACAAUUAAAAGCCAACAGCGGCCUAUUCAUAGUACAAACAGAACAAACUUAUUAAGUUUCCGUUUCGUUGAUAAGAUUGUUUAAUUGUAUUCGUUCAACUUCAGUAACGAUUUCUAAAAAUAUCGGUUGUCUGAAUAGUAGUUGUACUACUUUAAUUUAUUUUUCUACAACAAAGCGGCAUUUCACUGUAACACUUGUUAAGCAAAUAUAGCUCGUUUUUAAUUGAAGUAUUUUUGAACGAUCACGAAGUUUCUCCACAAAUAUAAUAGUUCUUAAUUUACUUCCGUAAAUAGUCGCUUCGUCUAAAUUUAGAAUUCCAAAAGUUUUGCCGACUUGCAAAUCCGAAAAAUGUCUGCUUUUGUUGUAGGUGAAAAACCACGCCAGUUUUAAUAGACAGUCCUACUACGUGCCCAGAGGGCCGCUAGCUGAGCUUGCAAUUCUAUUCAUAUAGCAAAACUACGUGCUUGGAUAGGUGGACAGGGUUCUUUUAGUUAUCUUGUUCACUGUGUUCCGUGUGGUGAAUAUUUCAUAGUGUCAGACCUAGGUGAACACUGUAUCAAAGUAUUUAACAGGGAGGGGCAUUUUCAGUACAAGUUUGGUAAGGAGGGGCAAGGGGACGGGGAAUUCAGUUACCCUGGUUAUUUGUCAGUGAAUGAGUCACAGCAUCUGUUUGUCUGUGAUCGUUAUAAUCAUCGAGUUCAAGUCUUUGAACUUAACGGAAAAUUCAUUGGGAAGUUUGGAACAGAGGGCAGCAAGUUAGGAGAAUUCAGUAAACCCUUGUCAGUGGCAACGCUUAGUAAUGGGCGAAUUGUUGUGUCUGAUGAAUGUAAUCAUCGAAUUCAAAUAUUUGAAUGA